CCCGUCACCGUUUGGCCUUCUACCUCGCUGCUCCCUCGUCCACCUCUCUUUCUCGUCCUCUCGUUUGUCAUCCCUCGCGGAUUACACCGCCCGCAUGAAGACGGCGAUCGUCGUAGAAGCUCCAAGGCUGUGCUAUUCUUCCAUCGUUUUAACCCUCUUCGUCUCUUUCGAGCUCCGAAAGGUAAUCCUCUGAAGGAGAUCCCACCCCAAUCCGUUCUUUUCGUGGGUUAGAACAACGUUCGUUUGAUCCAUCUCUUUCUUGCUUUUGUGGGAGGAAUUGGUUAAUAGGAUCUUUCCGGGGAGGAGGAGAAGGGGAAGGAAGGAAUUUGAUUUGUUUGGUUGGGGGUUUGGCGGUGGGAUUUAUGGAAUAGAAUCGUGAGGGUGUUUUAUGGGAUGCUUCUGUUGGGUCUUGUGGAUCUCCAACCACACCAGAUAGAUAGGAACGGAAGAGGCGAGGAGGUGAUCAAGCGGAGGAAGAGACGGAGAGGGGCGAGGAAGACCACGCCAUGGGCGAACCCAUACUCACCACCCUGUCCAUGGAAGAUCAUCACCACCGCCGCCACCACCCUCCCUCCACCCUCCUCUCCAUGGACCCCGCUGGCUCGCUGGGGAUCGCCGUCUCCGCCCGCGACGACUGCGACCAUGAGCUCUCCAUCAUCCAGCAGCGCCAGCAGAGCGUCCUCUCCGGCCCGCCUGACAUCAAUCUCCCGCUCUCGGUCGACAGGUCCCCUCCGCAGCAGCCCUGGAACCCUGACGCUUUGGACAUGUUGGACGUCGGUCUCGGGCCUCAGAUCUAUGACCCCGAACCGGUCCUCAACCUCCCCAAGGCCGGUGCCGUUGGUGGCGCCGCUGUGUCUCGCAAGUGCGCCAAACGAGGGGACAGCAUAUGGGGCGCGUGGUUCUUCUUCAACUUCUACUUCAAGCCCGUGCUUGCCGAGAAAUCAAAGGGCAAGAUCGUCCGUGACGCAAAUGGAGUCUCAGGAUUCGACAAGUCCGACCUGCGGCUUGAUGUGUUCCUUGUCCAGCAUGACAUGGAGAACAUGUACAUGUGGGCCUUCAAGGAGCGCCCGGAGAACGUGCUGGGGAAGAUGCAGCUGCGGAGCUACAUGAAUGGGCACUCACGCCUAGGGGAGCCCCAGUUCCCUUUCAGUGUUGAUAAGGGUUUUGUGCGUUCUCAUCGGAUGCAGAGGAAGCAAUACAGGGGUCUGUCAAAUCCACAGUGCGUCCAUGGGAUCGAAAUUGUGAGGUCGCCGAACCUCUCUAUGGUCUCAGAGGCUGAUCGCAAGAAGUGGAUGGAGCUCACUGGCAGAGACCAGAAUUUCUUGAUCCCACCUGAAGCCAGUGAUUUUGAAUCAUGGAGGAAUCUUCCAAGCACAGAUUUUGAGCUGGAGAGACCUCCACCUCCUUUGAAGAGCACAUCACAUCCCAGUUCAAGGAAAUUGCCAAAUGGGUCAGGUCUCAAUCUGUCAACACAACCAUCAAACCAUGCAGGUGGAGAUUGCAUGGACCUUUCGCCCGUGUGCAGCAAACGCAGAAAGGAUUUCUUUGCCCAUGCGGUGAAUGAGGAUGGUUGUAUGUCUGGCACUCCAUUUUUGGACAGACCUCAAGAUAUUGAAGUUCAUCCAGCUGAACCAUCAUGGGUAAAUGAGUUUACUGGUGUAAUGAGGCAUGCUUGUGGGCCAGUGACUGCUGCAAAGACAAUAUAUGAGGAUAAAGACGGAUACUUGAUCAUGGUUAGCUUGCCUUUUUCUGAUCAACAGCGGGUGAAGGUAUCCUGGAAAAACAAUCUCACACAUGGGAUAGUGAAGAUAUCAUGUGUCAGUACUGCACGGAUGCCUUACAUAAAGCGACAUGAUAGAACAUUCAAGCUGACUGAUCGUUCUCCGGAGCAUUGUCCUCCAGGGGAAUUUGUGAGAGAAAUACCACUAGCUACACGGAUUCCCGAAGAUGCUAAGCUGGAAGCUUACUAUGACGAAUCUGGAACUGUUUUGGAGAUAAUGGUCCCUAAACAUAGCGUUGGACCCGAAGAACACGAGGUUCGUGUUUGUAUGCGCCCUCCUCAUCUCGGUGCCAAUGAACUUUUGUUGACUUGAUAGGCUGUGAUUUUGUAUGUAUUGGUUGGUUGCCAUGGUCAAUUUUCCAUUGAUUACUAACUCUGAAUCAUAAAAAGGAAAAUAUGAAAUGAAAGUUCAUCCUUUCCAUGUGUGCUUCUCAUGGAACAAUGAACUUUGUUUCAUUGACUGACUGGUAUUUUGUGAUGUUCAGUCAUGAUAUAAAGUGGGUUCAGUGGACGUUUGUUCACUUACGAAACACGGUAAUGAUUUUUUGGUA